UGGGUGAUGGUUGAUGCUGGAUGAGGGCGGUCUUGUGUAACACUUUAUUCGGUUCGGGUAUCACGCCAGUGAACAGAAACUAGAAAUACAUUUUAUAUCUAUAAAAUAUGUUAAAAUGAUAGACAUUUGAUUUGCUUUGUAAACAAUAUCUGCAUGAUGUUGCAAUGUGUUGGAUUUAUUUAUUUUUAAUUGACUCUCUCACUGCCGCUUCCAACGUAUGUCCUUUUUUGGUAUUCAGUAGGGAACACUAGCCAGACGUUACCGUACUGGUAAGGUAGGGAUCAAAGUUUCUGGAAAGAAGCUGGAAAAUAAUGAGAACACGCUUAUAAGGUGUGAAGGUCCAGCAUGUCAGGAGCUCACCCUCCACCCCCUCUACCUCCACCACUAUCACUGACUACCUCAGUGUCCAGCCAGAAGAAGCUUUACCAGGCUAUAGCAGCAGGAAAGAGUCCUGUGGAGGGAGAUCAUGAGGAGGCCAGGAUUAUUAUAGCACGGAGAGAAAAUAGCUUUAGGAAGGAUGUACAGUGGUUGCUGUUCAACAAGUAUGUGCCUUCACUCAUUCAAGAUGGUCCACAAUGUGGCCUUGUGGCCUUAUGGAUGGCCGGUCAUUUACUGCAGCCUCCUAAGAUCAUAUCCAUAGAGAUGGUGGUCCAGGUUGCAAAGGACAAAGGCUACACCGCACAGGGGGAAAUGUUUUCUGCCAGUGACAUGGCCAAGCUGGCAGAAGAAGUAUGCGGAUGCAGAGUUCAGAUUUUAUCAGGAGGCAUGAUGGGAGAUAACUCUGCUGUUAUUCUGAAACAUCUCUCCGAUGGGCAGCCUAUUCUUGUACCAUAUGAUGAAGAUUUUAAUCAUGAGCCUUGUCUACGCAAUGGCCACAAAGCCCAUUGGGCAGUUAUCUCGGGUAUAUUACUGGGCCUUAGGCAGGGGUGUGUGGAUAGCAAAUUGUUUCCCCCCGACAUCACACUUCCCUGGCUUCAUCUGUCACAGAAUGGUUCAUGUGUUUCUUGGCCGAUUGAUGGUAUUGAAGACAUGUAUGUUCUGACCAAACAUGGGAAGAGUUUACGUUACCAGCUGUGGAAGUAUGAGACCGUAGCACAGAGCAAUGCCCAGCUCAAAGAGAUGGACCCACAGAGGGCCAGUGAUGGGACACAUUAUGUGCUUCCUUCUGGUGGGGUACAGGAAGGUCUCGCAGGUCAAGUGGUGCUGCUUCAUACUCAAACACUCAUGACCUGAUCAUGAAAAAAAUGUAGACUUAAAUACUGUAUUAUAGUUUUGAUCCACUAGAUGUCCUCAUUGUUAUUAUUUUAGUUUGUAAAGCACAAGUGAAUGCAGAGAUCCCAGUGGAAAUGUGAAGCGGUGAAGUUUAAAUAAGGUUUAAAUGUUUAUGGUAACUCCUUAAAGUUUUUAAUUUAGGAGACAAACCAGGUAUCAUAAUGAAUUUUCAUGGUUACAAAUAUUUAAAAACCGAGCCUUAUUUGCAGUUGUGUUUUUUUAUUUAUUUUGCACGUUGUAUAUGCAUUUCAAAAAAUAAAAUAAGUUCCUAUGACA